UUUUAGCUCUCCCUAUAUUUUUGGAAAAAUAGGCUUCAUCGUUAUGAAUCCGGCUCUGCAAGCUAGAAAAUUAGUUCUCAUCAAGCCUCUGCAAUUAGAAGUUUGGGUGACACUUCUUGCAACCUUAUGCUUAUGCACUGCUACCUUAUACUUGAUAACGCACUCCCUUCCCACCAAAAGAGGAGUGCGGAGUGCUUACAAUAUUUGGUUCCUCCUAAGGACUCUGGGACAGCAAGGAACUCCAUCGCCGGCACCAGAUAGAUACAGCAUCCGCUUCUUCAUCAGCUUCUGGUGGAUUUUCAUUCUGGUGAUACUCUGGAGCUAUGCUGGUACUUUAACAUCCUUUAUGACGUACCCGGGACGGCGACCUGCAGUCGAUACCAUCAACAAAUUACGAAAGGCCUUGGCAGCCCACGCUAUUCGUUAUGGUACCACGACUGGAAGCACUUAUGAACAUUUCCUCAUGACUAAUAUGGCAGAAGUCGAUCCAGUUUUUGCCACAAGCAUCGAAGAAAAUCCUGACCUUGAAGUGCACAGUGUGGCUGAAGGUAUGGAAAUGGUUCUAAAAAAGAGGUACGCAUUCGUGUAUAUGACAAUGGUACUGAAAUGGUAUGCUGCUAUUAUGGGAUCCAACAGGUUUCGGAUGUCCAGAGAAACUUUCAGUACAGAUGCUGUUGGAAUUGCGAUUCAGAAGUGUCACCCUUGCAAGAAAAGCUUUGAUCAUGUGGUAGAUAGAUUAGAAGAGACAGGUUUUUUCACCAAAUGGUAUGACGAUGCUUUCUUCAAAGCCAAAACAAAAUCCACCGUGAUAGCAGUGAACACGGCAAGACCUCUGGCCCUCGAUGAUCUGCAAGGAGCAUUUUAUUUCAUGGGUAUCGGUGCAGGGAUUGGAAUCAUCGCUCUUGUGGCAGAAAACAUGUUUCUUCGACUUACUGGUAAGAAGAAGACAAAAGUAAGAAAUAAAGCAAGAAGAAAGCAGAAGAUCAACAAAGCGUUUCUCCACUGGAAUGCAUCUUUAGGACGGUAUGAAUGGAUUGACAAUGAAAGAUAUCCUUAAUGUUUUCUCCACUGGAAUGCAUCUUUAGAACAGUAUGAAUUGAUUGACAAUGAAAGAUAAUUUUUCUCCACUGGAAUGCAUCUUUAGGAUAGUAUGAAUGGAUUGACAAUGAACGUUAUCCUUAAUGUUUUCUCCACUGGAAUGCAUCUUUAGGACGGUAUGAAUGGAUUGACAAUGAAAGUUAUCCUUAAUGUUUUCUCCACUGGAAUGCAUCUUUAGGACUGUAUGAAUGGAUUGACAAUGAAAUAUAUCCUUAAUGUUUUUCUCCACUGGAAUGCAUCUUUAGGACUGUAUGAAUGGAUUGACAAUGAAAUAUAUCCUUAAUGUUUUUUUCCUCUGGAAUGCAUCUUUAGGACGGUAUGAAUGGAUUGACAAUGAAAGAUAUCCUUAAUGUUUUCUCCACUGGAAUGCGUCUUUAGGACGGUAUGAAUGGAUUCACAAUGAAAGUUAUCCUUAAUGUUUUCUCCACUGGAAUGUAUCUUUAGGAC